AUGGCACAGCCAUUGUCAGAAGAUCCAUUCCUUUGGGACAUCGACAGGGUCUGCAUAGAGCUGUGCUCUGAUGGCGCAGAGUGGACUCAGGAUGUCUCGGCGCUCGAGUCGCGCUUGCGCGAGAACCUCGUCGAUGGCGAAACGUUGUUAACAUACGAGCUCACUUUUUCGAAAAAGGAACUAAUGGAAUGCCUUGGUAUCACGGCUGCUCGUCACCGGGCUAAACUUGCGAGGAAUAUUAUGAAUCUCCAGAGUCAAAGUCCCAGGUUUCGCGAAGAAAAAAGCUGUAUCGAAAGCGGCGACGCUCCUGAAGUUUCUCGGCAAGCUCAGACGCCGAUUGUUCCUGUUCCAUCACCAUCUCGAGGUGCGCCGACGAAUUCUGCUCCAGUCUCCGCCCAACCCAAUACUUUUACCCUUGGGCAAUCAAAAAUAUCCGACAGGUCUCCCAAAAAAACUCGCCGCGUGGUCCCCACGCUGGUUAGCGACAUACAACCCGGCAUUUCUGCUGAGCGAAUGCAGGGUUUUGAGGAGCCGCAGCCAGCAAGUGCCCAGGCUACGCGUGUCGCUCGUGCUCCCUCGCCAGUGAGAGACUCGUCCACCGCAUAUCUAGGCCAGCAGGCGGUAACUCAAGAUCUGUAUGCACAUUACAACUCCGAUAGUGGCUCAGACACCUUCGGCUCAAUCGCAAACCCGUCUCAGCCUCGCGGGAAGAGGAAGGCCAUCUACUCCAUCGUCAAAAAAUAUCUGCUGAAAAACAACCGGAAAGUCUCCAAAAUCCAGUCGGGAGUCAACACUGGUGCCCUCUCUGACGAAGGCCAGGAGAUUGUCAACUUUGACGAACUGGCAUCCCUCGACGAGGAUACUCUUCGUGAGAUAGCGGACGAGGAAGAGGAGAACAGGCAGGGGGACUCAUUUAUACUUGGAUCAGAGCUUGUCGAGGAAAUCAUUAACGAGGAAAUCGCAAAGAUUAAAGAAGGGUGGGGAGAAAAGAAGCUUCCCAAGCACCAAAAAACGGCGUUUCGUCUGUGGACUCACGCGAGAAAACACGGCCUUUUGCGUCAACAGGCUUUUGCAGCGCUGAAACAGGCAGAGCACCUUCGCAAUCGCCUAAGCACGCUGACCAGAGACCUGAGAGUGCUGCCUUGGAAAGCGCAGGACGAGUUGCGUUUUCAGGUGCACAUUGUCGAGCAAACGGUGGUCGACAAGUUGCAUCAGGAGUGGCUCACCAACUUGUUCUCCUUGCGAAGUGCACCACCGAAACCUCCACCUAUCCUGACUCAACGCAACCUAUCCCAAUCCAAAAAGUUUAUUCACAACGACGAGCUUUCCAGCUCUGAAGAAGAAGAAGAGCUUCUGGAUAAAUUUGUUGUUGACGACGAGCCUGCGUUUGCAGAUUCUGCACGCAGCCAUCUUUCGCCAGCUGGCCGCCAUCUUCCCCCUUCACACCUGCACUCGCCGCAUAGCCCUAUUUCUUCCAACUCCAUGAUCCCCCCCACCAGCCCUGCUUCUUCCAUCUUUCUCCCUCCUGCCAGUCAGCCUGGUUCGUUUAUUGAUUUGACUCAGGUUUCUGACGUCGAAAUGGAAAGCGCAGAGGUAAAGAUGGUGCCGAGCACAUUUGAUCCUUUCACUCAAUCUCUGCUAGCGGAGAUUGGUAACACGUCUCCCAAAGUCUGGGCCCAACAAAAAGAUCGCUUUCGCCUUGCCAUUUCCAUUCUGUGGAAGCUUGACUUUGACAGGCGUGAGGCGCUUUUCCAGUCUCUUGCUGGAUCCAGCAUCUCCAAUAUUUGGAUGGACCUAGUCGACAAAGCUCAUGAGAGGCUCGCUGCCAGCGACCAAACAUCUACACCAGAUGCGGCGUUCGAUUUGACGCUCGUUUAUCUAAGCUUCCUCAAGUGCAGAUAUUACAAAGAGCAGAAGGUCUCGAAAAUGAGCCAAAAAGACGUGGAAAAGUUGGAAGACUCGGAGGAGUCUUUUCCCCCAUUCUGUGGCUUUCUUGCCACGAUCAAAGACGCAUUUCCGCAGCGAAAUCAGAUCGCUCGUUUGGACGAAUUCGACGACGAACCCAUGGAGCUGGACGAGCUAGGACCAGAUGAAACCACUUCCAAAUCGGCUAGCACCAAGAAGAACAAAAAGAAGGCGAUUAUUCUCGACAAAAGUGGUGUUGAGCUCCGUGAGCGUGAAGCCCGGGAUGCGAAAGAGCGUGAACGGCGCAGAGACAAGAACCGUGCAAAUAUACAGAUUGCGACUUCAUAUGAUGUCGCUUCUACACAGUCGCCUCGAUUCAUCAUCAACGAAUCUAAAGCGGACAACGAAGGGUUCAUUUAUGUUCAUCCUAAGAUUUCUUCCCGCAUCAAAGAUCAUCAGAUCGACGGUGUUCGAUUUCUCUGGAACCACAUUGUGCAAGACCAAAGCAAGCGCCAAGGUUGCCUUUUAGCCCACACCAUGGGCUUGGGCAAGACAAUGCAGACAAUCACCUUUCUAGCGGCACUGCGAGAGUCUGCACUGUCAAAAGACCCUACAGUGCGUGACCAGAUACCUCGAGAUUUACGCGAUUGCAAAGUCUUGAUCCUGUGCCCGGCGGGUCUGGUUGACAACUGGAAGGAGGAGUUUGAGGAGUGGGCUCCUGAGCACUUAAUGGGAGACGUUAUCACCAUUGACGCAGCGCAAAGCACUUACGACAGAAUGGACAACGUCAAAGAUUGGGCUGCGCAUGGCGGUGUGCUAAUAAUCGGAUACACUAUGUUCAAGUCAGGAUUCAGACGAAGCGACAAGAACAUUGUUACCAUGGAUCGAAUUCUCGUCGAACACGCAACUGUGGUUGUCGCAGAUGAAGCCCACACUUUAAAGAACCCAAAAGCCAAAAUCACACAACUCGCAUCAGAGCUCAAGACAAGCACGCGAAUUGCCUUGACUGGUUCACCGCUCGCGAAUAACGUCGAAGAGUACUACGCAAUGAUCAAUUGGGUUGCUCCAAAUUUCUUGGGACCGCUGCAAGAGUUCCGCGACAUGUACGCUACUCCUAUCCAUCAGGGCCUCUAUCAUGACUCAACCAACUACGAGAAGAGAAAGGCCAUGAAGUUGCUCCAAGCUCUCAAAACAACUGCGGCGCCGAAAGUUCACCGCGCGACCAUCAAAUCAUGUUUGAAGCACGAGCUUCCGCCGAAAGAAGAAUUUGUCAUUUCGGUCCCGCCUACCGAAUUGCAACGCAGAUUGUACGACCUUUACAUGCAAGGCACUCAUAGCAGUGGAGAGAAGGUCAAUCAGGCCAACUUAUUUGGUGUUUUGAAUCAUUUGGCGCUGAUUUGCGCACACCCAGCUGCAUAUCGCAAAAAGGUCAUUGAGCUGAAGAGCAAAUCAGACCUUGGGCAAGAUGUUGCAAGAUUCCCCAUGGAAACAAUCCCUCGGAUCAUGAGUAUGACAACUGUUCCAAACCUGGAUCGGACCGAGCUGUCGUACAAGGUUGAGCUUCUGAAUAAGAUUCUGGACCAAUCGAGCCGACUCGGCGACAAAGUCUUGGUGUUUAGCCAGUCGAUUCCGACUUUGAAUUACCUGACCGCCCUUUUCGAGAAGCAGAACCGAAAAUUUCGUCGUCUUGAUGGCUCAACUCAGAUAUCAAAGCGGCAGGAGAUGGUUAAGAGUUUCAAUACAGGCGGUGAAAUGGUUUACUUGAUCUCCACCAAUGCAGGUGGUGUUGGUCUGAAUAUACAUGGUGCCAAUCGAGUCAUUAUCUUCGACUUCAAGUGGAACCCUGUCCAAGAUCAGCAAGCCAUUGGCCGAGCCUACCGCAUCGGUCAAACGAAGCCGGUGUUCGUGUACCGUUUCGUGGUUGCGGGUUCGUUCGAGGACGAUUUGCAGAACAAGGCGGUCUUCAAGAUGCAGCUAGCAUCUCGGGUUGUGGACCAGAAGAACCCCGUCAGCUGGUCAAAGCGGCUCGCCAACUUGAUGCAUCUGAUCAAAGAUGUUGACGCCACCGAUGCCCGAUUUGACUUCAAGGGCAAGGAUGCUGUUCUUGACCACUUGCUGGAUCAUGACAGAAGCCGGGCCAUCCUUUCAAUCAUGUCUUCGGACACGUUCGAGGAAGAAGACGAGACGGCAACGCUGACAGCUGAGGAGCGUCGGGAAGCUGACAGCAUGGUUGAGCGACACAACCUGCGUAUGACGGAUCCAGAAAAGUACAUGCGAGUGAUGGAAGCAGAGAGGAUUGCCAGCAACCAGAGACCUGCUUCGCAUAUUGCGUCGAGCAAACCGAACAAGGACUGGUUUCCAGAGCGGCCCGACCAUGCCUUUGAAACGUCGACACUUUCCAGUCACAUUGCGCCACCGGCUUCAGCUCAUGUGGCACAGACGCACGCAUCGGUGCCAAUGCCAAUCCUAGGAGCUAACACCUACUACGGCAACAGCGGCGGUUCUGAUUUCAAUCCAGUCUACCCCUUGCGCAGCAAUGGCGUCUCUGCCUUCAACGAGGAGUCAUGUCGACUCGCGCGAGAGAAUUUUCAGCACAAGCUGGCUCUUGCGCUGACCUCACUUGAGACACGACACCCGAAAUUCCGGUUCAAUGUAGCAUCGAAAGUUGACUCCAUCAGCAGCGAAAUUCAAGCUGAGCGAGACAAGCAGCAGAAGGGACCAUCACACGAUACUCUACGCUGGAACAUGCUGUCUAGCAAACUCGGUAAUCAGAAGCUUCUUCUGGCAAUUGCAUCGGGCCAGCUUUCCGGAAAGUUUUUGGGCAGCGCCGAUGAGGACACCAUGCAACACCGCAUUCAGCUGCAGGAGAGCCUCCCUGACGAAUGGUUCUUGAGCAAUAUUGAAAUGGGGGGCAAGCCAAAGGACCCCGAGAGCCUGUCGAACAUUAUGCGAUCGCCGACCCGCUGGGUUGAUAAUAGAAUUAACAAAGCACAGGCAAUGGACGACGCGCGAGUAGUGCGACGGGCAUCGGACAUGCGAAACGACGUGCGAGCCGAACGAGCGCCGGACCUUCCAUCAUGGGCGAGCAAGGUACUAGGCGGGACGAGUGGCCAGGGACGGCUGGCGGAGAGCUUGCUAAACAAACGAAUGUAA